UACCGCACGACGGAGAAUCCGCACCUGCCCUUCCGCGUGCUGUCGGCCAUCAACGAGGCGGGCUCGACGCGCGUGGAGAUCAAGGUGACGGUGAAGGCCAACUUUGCGCCCAAUCUGUUCGGGCAGCACGUGAUCAUCAAGAUCCCCACCCCGAAGAACACGGCCACCUGCCGGCUGAGGGUCACGGCGGGCAAGGCCUUCUACAAGCCCGAACUCGAGGCCGUCAUCUGGAAGAUCAAGCGCUUCCCGGGCGGCGCCGAGUUCGGUCUCUCCGGUGAGAUGAAGCUCGCGCAGUCCGUAUCUCUCGAGAAGAAGGGAUGGUCCAACCGACCGCCGAUUGCGAUGCAGUUCCAAGUGCCCAUGUUCACCUCGUCGGGCUUUGACGUUCGCUUCCUCAAGGUGUAUGAAAAGACGCCCUACCAGACGGUGAAGUGGGUGCGCUACAUGACCAAGGCCGGAUCCUACGAGUUCCGUAUCUGA